AUGAACGGUGAUAGCUACUCUUCCCGAGACGGGCGUCGGGGUGGACGAGAUUAUCCUCCCAGAGGUGAUAGAGAUGAUCGUCGAGACCGACACCGAGACCGGGACCGCAGGCGCUCUCGCUCACCAGACCAUCGAAGCCAUCGACGAGGUGAGGGCGAUGCCGAUGCCUACUCCUCCAGCCGAAACCACCGUGACCGUGAGCGCGAGGACAGAUACUCUGGCCGUGAGAGACGAGGUGGUGACCGCGAAUGGGACCGCGACCGAGGAUCUUCCCGUCGGGAUGCCAGGCGCGACGACGACGAUCGACCGAGCAGGCGAGAGCGAGAUCCUUACGAUGAUCGCCGUCGCGGAGGAGGCAGGGACCGACGUGAGGACAGGUUUCCUGCGCAACAGGAACGCCGAAGCGCAAGCCCGCCUCCGAAAAAGCGAGAGCCGACUCCGGACCUGACAAACAUCGUUUCUGUCCUGGAGCGCAAGCGUCGCCUGACACAAUGGGACAUCAAGCCCCCAGGAUAUGAAAAUGUUACGGCCGAGCAGGCUAAGCUCUCGGGCAUGUUCCCUCUCCCCGGUGCACCUCGACAGCAACCCAUGGAUCCUAGCAAACUACAGGCCUUCAUGAACCAGCCUGGGGGACAGGUCACAAGUGCUGGUUUAAAGGCGAGCAACUCUCGUCAGUCGAAGCGACUUUUGGUUUCCAAGAUCCCCGCGGGCACAAGCGAGGACGCCCUCAUCUCAUUCUUCAACCUCCAACUCAACGGACUCAACGUUAUCAAUACCACCGAUCCCUGUGUCUUGUGUCAAUUCUCCAACGACCGCUCGUUUGCCGUUCUCGAGUUCAAGGACGCCCCAGAGACCACUGUUGCCUUGGCGCUGGACGGCAUUUCUAUGGAGGCCAGUGAUGCUUCAAAUGGCGCAGAUGGAGGGCACCGCGGUCUUGAGAUUCGCCGACCUCGUGACUACGUGGUACCUGCAGUGACCGAGGAAGUUUCUUACGACCCAGAGGUCGUCUCUAAUAUCGUUCCCGAUACCGUCAACAAACUCAGCAUUACCAACAUCCCAACUUUCUUGACAGAAGAGCAGAUCAUCGAGCUUCUUGCAAGCUUUGGUAAGCCCAAGGCUUUCGUCUUAGUCAAGGAUAGAGGAACUGAAGAAUCCAGAGGUAUUGCUUUUGCUGAGUACCAAGACCCUGCCGCAUCUAACCCGACCGCUCUUGAUACCCUCAACGGCAUGGAUAUUGGAGGCAAGCAGAUAAAGGUUAGCAAGGCCAGUAUCGGUCCUACACAAGUCGCCAACUUCGACGUGGGUAUUACUGCUAUCAGUGGUCUUGCUUCUCAGACUGCCAAUGAGGUUGAGAGCAGCCGUGUGCUUCAGCUUCUCAACAUGGUCACUGCCGAGGAACUUCUGGAUAACGACGAUUAUGAAGAAAUCUGUGAGGACGUUCGAGAAGAAUGCUCCAAGUAUGGCAAAAUCCUUGACGUCAAGGUUCCCAGACCUACUGGUGGCAGCAGGCAAUCUGCCGGCGUGGGCAAAAUCUUUGUCAAGUACGAGAACACCGAGGACACAACAAAGGCUCUGCAGGCCCUUGCGGGACGCAAGUUUGCCGAUAGAACUGUUGUCACGACAUAUUUCCCAGAGGAGAACUUCGAUGUUGGCGCGUGUGAUUUUCUAUCCCACAACGAAAAGACCUCCAAAUCUUUGAAAGUUGAAAGUUUCGCUCGCAACUCCGUAACCGAUCCUCAUCCAGCACCACCACGCCAAACAGACAAGAUGGGCCGUCUUCACAGCAAGGGAAAGGGCAUUUCUGCCUCCGCUCUCCCCUACUCUCGAUCUCCCCCUGCGUGGUUGAAGACCACCCCCGAGCAGGUCGUCGAGCAGAUCGCCAAGCUCGCCCGUAAGGGUGCCACUCCUUCUCAGAUCGGUGUCAUCCUCCGUGACUCUCACGGUAUUGCCCAGGUCAAGCACGUCACUGGUAACCGAAUUCUCCGAAUCCUCAAGUCUAGCGGCCUCGCCCCCGAGCUCCCCGAGGAUCUGUACAUGCUUAUCAAGAAGGCUGUUGCCGUCCGAAAGCACCUUGAGCGCAACCGCAAGGACAAGGACUCCAAGUUCCGUCUCAUUCUCAUUGAGUCCCGAAUUCACCGUCUCGCUCGUUACUACAAGACCGUCGGUGUCCUUCCCCCCACCUGGAAGUACGAGUCCGCCACUGCCAGCACCAUCGUCGCUUAA